CUGAUCAGACCUCAAACCAGAUCUGUAUCCAAGCAGCUUAGUGCCUCAAAGGAACCAAAACCAGAUCUAAAUCCCCGUCUCAGCAUAUCUAAACCAAAAAGCCUAAAAUCUAUCAAAGAAGAAGCCUCUUCUGCGAUAGAAACCAAAAGCCCAAGAAGGAGCCUUGCUCCUAUCUUUUCAUCAGCCAAGCCCAUCGUUCGAAGUUCUCUUGCCCCUUCAAUUCCUAUCCGUAAUCAAGGAGUUAUUCCGGCUAGCAGAUCUUCGAUCGAUAAACCAGACUACAAACGCCUUUCUUCUUCCUCGGCCUCUGCUAAACAAACAAAAGAGGAAGAUGAAAGGUGCCGCCAGGUUAAACAAACAAAGAGAGCGUCCCUUUCCCUUUCUUGGCAGCCAGCCAAGAAAGAAGAAGGGGGAGAGAAAAUCAAAGAUCAAAGACCAAAAGAGAAAAACAACGAAGGAAUCAAGAAAACUAGCAAAAUUGAACCUGAAAUUGUAACUCUUGAGGAAGACAAAGAACCAGCUAAAAAUAGACUGAAUAUCUGGAGCUUAACUCAUGAAUUCGGAAACGAAGCGUGGUUAGAUUCAGAUAUUUUAACCAGAUUUAUUGAAGAUCAAGCCAAAGAACACCCUAGAUUUUCAGUGGUGGAUCCCCUGCUUUGGCAUUAUUGUAAAGAUAGUGUUGAAGAGGGAGCCCGAUUCAUCACUGGAAUCAUGAGCAAUGAAAGAACACAUAUUUUCCCAAUAUGUGAGCACUCUCAUUGGGUCCUAAUUGUGUCUUCCUCUCGGGGUUGGUACUUUUUAGAUCCAUUGGGACCAGACAGAACAAUGCCCCGAAAGAUUCUCGAAUUCUCGAAAUUCUUGAAAGGCGACAGACUUUAUCAUAAAACUAGCCCACCCAGACAAAAAGACACGUACAACUGCGGAGUUCACGUGUGCCUUAUGGCAAAAUGCAUAAUGACAGAAGACGUGUGGUAUACGGAAGCUGACAUUUGUAUGUUCAGACUCAAUAUGCUCACAAAGCUCAGAAACUCGAACAAAUAUUCUUUGUUUGAAGAAAAGAUAGAUAACCAGAUCAUGGAAGUUGAACUUCCAGAACCAGAACCAGAACCAGAAAUCAGCCAAGAUCCUGAAUAUCCAGAAUUGGAUAUAACCCAGGAUCUAACUCUCUUAGACAGUGAUUCUGAAUCUCCCUCCAGAGAAGAUGAAUUACUAAAUGAAACAGCCUCUGAAGAAGUAGCUGAUGCUACUUUGGAUAGCCCAAAACCAGAGAUUCCAGGUCUUAUGGAUAAGAUUCUUGAAAAGCCAGCUUUUCUCGAGCAGCCACAAUCCAGAAGACAAGCCCGGAAAUCUCGAACCCAGCCUAUUAAGAUCCAGAAAAAGCUCAAGGGGAAACCCGAAGAACUCAUAGAUCAAGUCAGAGUUUGGUUUACCAGACAAAUGGAUGACUAUGAAAAAGAUGGAAAGUCCUUCCAAAGAUUGGAAUGGAUAGCAGAUGCCUUGGCAGCUUCUAUUCACCAAGCUUCGGUAGGCGACACAGAAGCAAUCGGCAAGAUUGUUAAGCGAUGCCCACCACCAGAAAGAUCAGCUGGUGACAUGUGCACCCAAACAGAAAAGCCCAAACACAUUAGACCACCAAAGCCAAGCCACCAGACUUCCCCAGUGGAAGAAGACCACAUUAUGGCGCAAUAUGCCAAAAAUAGAUCUAAGACAUAUUGCAAAAUAACCAGAAAAGAAUCAAAGCAAUGCGAAAUUCCAAUCGCGACCGUUGAAAGCCAUUUCAACAAGACAACCCAAGAAACUAAUGUUUCGCAAGAAAUAUUAACAGAAAUGAGCUCUGAAGUCCCUAAAACCAACAUAAAUCCAAGCAUAGUUGAAGAAUUUAGACCUUCAGAGAUCAAAAACGCCCUAAAAGCCACCAAAGACACAAAGCCCGGAGUAGAUGGUGUUCAUUAUCAUCAUCUACAAUGGUUUGACCCAGAUCACACCCUUCUCUGCAAGUUAUACAAUGCUUGUAAAGAACAGAAAAAGAUCCCAGGAAACUGGAAAGAAGCAGAAACAAUUCUCAUCUAUAAAGGUGCGAAUUCAGACCCAGCUAAACCAGAUAAUUGGCGACCCAUUAGCCUAAUGCCAACUAUCUACAAACUGUACAGCAGCUUGUGGAACCGCCGAAUUAGAUCCGUAGGCGGGAUCAUGAGCAAAUGCCAACGUGGCUUCCAAGAAAGAGACGGAAGCAACGAAAGCAUAGGAAUCCUCAGAACAGCCAUAGACUCAGCCAAAGGAAGCGGAGGAAAUGUGAGCAUUGCCUGGUUAGAUCUAACCAACGCAUUUGGCUCAGUUCCUCACGAACUCAUCAGACAAGCCCUAAAAGCCUUUGGAUUUCCCGAAGAGCUUAUAGAAAUUGUAUCAGACAUGUACGACGGUGCCUGCAUCCGAGUACGAACCAAGACAGAAACGACCAGCCCAAUCCUGAUUAAAUCAGGUGUCAAACAGGGAGAUCCAAUCUCCCCAACGCUCUUCAACAUGUGUCUAGAACUUGUCAUUCGUAGACACUUGAAAAAAGCCCGAGGACAUAAAUGCCUCAAGACCAACAUUAAGACCCUUGCCUUCGCAGAUGAUAUGGCUAUUUUAGCCAAUAGCCCAAACCAGCUCCAGAAAGAACUUGAGGACUUGGACAAAGAUUGUACUAGCCUAAAUCUAAUCUUCAAGCCCUCAAAGUGCGCCAGCCUUACAAUUUCUGAAGGGAAAUUGAAACAAAGACCCCUUCAUCUGAAGGGACAGCCAAUUAGAACAUUAAACGAGACCGGUACCUAUAAAUACUUAGGUAUCGAGACCGGAAGCCAAAACCGCAUCUCAGAAAUGGAGCUACUCUCCAGUGCUCUAAAAGACAUAGAACUUGUUCUUACAAGUCAGCUCGCCCCAUGGCAAAAACUAGACUGUAUCAAAUGCUUUAUACUGCCUAAACUGACAUACAUGUAUGCUAACGCAACCCCUAAGCUUAGUGAGCUGCGUGAAUUCAGUAACAUGGUUAUGAAAGCCGUUAAGACAAUGCAUAGCAUCCCAAUCCGAGGUUCGCCCCUAGAAUAUAUCCAAAUCCCUAUCUCGAAGGGUGGACUUGGUGUCCAAUGCCCCAGAAUAACAGCCUUGAUUGGAUUCUUAGUCUCGACUAUGAAGAAAAUCUGGGCUAAAGACCCGUAUAUCCAGAAAAUCUAUUCAGACUUCCUCCAAGAAGUCGCAGAAAAAGAAACCGGAACAGAAAAUAUGAAUAUAGACCAAAUUGCUGACUAUCUCAGCAAUAAAACCCAGAUAAACAAGAAAGCCUUCGGAUUUAGCGUAUUCACCAGAGUACGCGACAUCUGUAAAUCCCUAUCCAAGCUUAAAGACUCACCACUCCACUUGUUGGAGUUCACAGCCGUAGACCAAAAGCUAGCCAUUAAGAUUCAAGCCACAGCAGAUAGCGAACCCGUUAUCGUCACAGAAAAUAAUCUUAAGAAAUUGCAACAGACCCUAAAAGCCCAAGUGUUGGAAGCUUUGCUCCACAGAUUCACAACAGAAAAAGAAGUCAAAAGCAAAGUGGUGCAAGUCAUCCAACAAGAACCCAGAUCAAACGCCUUCGUUAGAACCGGAGGAAAAGUCAGCAUCUCAGCCCAUAAAUUUGUUCAUAGAGCACGCCUAAAUCUGCUCUCAUGUAACAACAACACUUAUGAUAAGACCAAUCCGAAAGGAUGUAGAAGAUGCCCAGCAGAAAAAGAAACCCAGAUUCAUAUCCUCCAAACGUGCCACUAUGCGCUUGGGAAGGGUAUAACAGACAGACACAAUCAUGUCCUUUACUCUGUAAAGGAAGCCAUAGAAAAAGGUUCUAAAAAGAACUGGAAGCUUAAGAUCGACAGGCGAGCUGGGCCUGGCGAAGAUAGACCAGACAUCCAGAUGGAGUCUCUGGAUGGAAGACAGAUAAUCCUAGCCGAUGUAAGAAUAACUUACGAAAACGGCAUAGCCCCAUUAGAAACAGCCUGGAAAGAAAAGAUAGACAAAUAUCAGCAUCUUGUCGAGUAUUAUGCCAGACUUGGCAAGAAAGCAGUGGUUCUACCAAUAAUAGUAGGAUCACUCGGAACAUGGUAUAAGCCCAGCACAGAUUCGCUCCUAGAAAUGGGCCUCGGAAGAGGAACAAUUCGAAACCUGAAACCAGAUCUGCUAGCCUCAGUAUUAGAAUACAGCAAGAACAUAUACUGGCAGCACAUAUUUGGAGAUAAAUACAUAGGGAAUAAAAACCCCUAUACACCAGCCCAGCCUAAAACAGCCCAAAAGAAACAGACCAAGCCAGCUCUUCUUGAGCUGAACUAA